AUGAUCGGCCGAUCAGCUCUGACGAGGGGAGCCCGUCUUGCCCUCCGCCGGCAGGACUGCGCCAGCCUCGCCCAGCGACGCGGGUACGCCGCCGCCGCUGCUUCCACCGAGACCGCAUCCUACGAGUCGGCAGACAUCAACGGCAUCAAGGUCGCCAGCCGCGACCCCCGAGGCCCCACCGCCCGCAUCGCCGUCGUCGCAAAGGCCGGCACCAGGUACCAGCCGCUGCCUGGCCUGUCGAACACCGACAGACGGUCGGCCCUGAGGAUCACAAGAGAGUCUGAGCUUUUGGGAGGCCAAUUGACUGCAUAUCACACGCGAGAGGCUCUCGUGGUGGAGGCUGCCUUCCUGCGGGAUGACCUGCCUUACUUCACUGAGCUCCUCGGUGAGGUCAUCACCAAGACGAGAUACACGACCCACGAGUUCCAGGAGGAGAUCGAGAGGAUCGUGCACCUGAAGCAGGGCAAGCUCACCAAUGACGCCCUGGGCCAGGCCCUCGACAACGCCCACUCCGUCGCCUUCCACAAGGGCCUCGGUUCCUCGAUCUACCCAUCGACUUCGACGACCCUGGGCCCCUACCUGAACGAGAACUCCAUCGCCGCUUUCGCCGAGACCGUCUACACCAAGCCCAACAUUGCCAUCGUUGCCGAUGGUGCCAGCCAGGCGAGCCUGUCCAAGUGGAUCGAGCCCUUCUUCAGGGACGUUCCCGCGUCGGCUUCCAGCCCCCUGCAGCUGUUCAGCGAGGCCACCAAGUACCACGGUGGCGAGCAGCGGACGUCUCUGGCCGGCUCCAACGCUCUGAUCCUUGCCUUCCCCGGCCACAACCUGCAUUCCGACAAGGCCGACGUCGCCGUCCUGACUGCCCUCCUCGGCGGCCAGUCCAGCAUCAAGUGGUCUCCCGGUUUCAGCCUCCUCUCCAAGGCCUCCGCUGCCGCGCCCGGCUCUACCAUCAUGGCCAAGAACCUGGCCUACACCGACGCCGGUCUCCUGACCAUCCAGAUCACCGGUAGCUCUGGCGCAGUAAGGAAGGGUGCGGAGGAGGCCGUCAAGGCCCUCAAGAGCGUUGCCGAGUCUGGCGUCACGAAGGAGAUCCUGUCCAAGGCUAUUGCCAAGGCCAAGUUCGACCUGCUGUCCCAGAACGAGCUGACUGGCACUGGUAUCGUCUCCGCGGGCAACAGCCUGAUCCACGGCGGAAAGAUCUUCCAGGUCGCGGAGGCUCUGAAGGGCUACGAGGCAGUGACUGCCGAGAAGGUCAAGGCGGCGGCGAAGGCAUUGUUGGACGGCAAGGCGACGGUGGCAGCAGCGGGAGACCUAUACGUGCUCCCAUACGCAGAGGAGAUUGGCCUCAAGCUCUCCGGCUGGGUCGUUCGCUUGAGCUGUUUUGUCGCGGACCUUGGAAUCGCCGUCACCACCUUCCACCCCAAGAAACCCGUUCAUCCUCAACCCCACAAACAAUCAGCCAAGAUGACGUUCGCGUGGAAAGCCGCAGGCCUCAGCUACAACCGCUACCUCGCCGUCGCCGGCCGCGUCGUGCGCCGAAGCCUGAAGGACGACAAGCGGCUCGCCGCCGAGCGCCGGGGAGACAUGGACCUGCGAUUCGCAAAGUGGGAGAACGGCAAGCAGGGCGAGAACCAGAACCUUGCGCAGGCGAAUGCGGCCCUGGCCGAGAACGCUGGAUCUUCGUCAUAA